GCUGUGCGCUCACUCACAUUCAACAGGCACUGAGGGACACUUUAGGUUUUCACUUUCACCGCGUUUCAUUUGGGUUACUUUAUGACGUGUGGAGACCACACUGAGGGAACCUUUGUUGGGAGUUGUCUGCUUUUUAGCGAGUGGUGAUGCUUCGCGCGCAAUGGUGCCUGCUGGUACUCAAACCCUCUCCCACGACACUCCACAGCUCCGCACCUCAUUAGGUAGAUCCGAGUGAAACAAGCAUUCAGAGGGAAGGAGACGAGAGGAGAGGAUGGCGGCUCCGCACAACGGAUCCAACAUCACGUCCAACUACACCAACCAGUUCGUGCAGCCGCCGUGGCGCGUCGCGCUCUGGUCCAUCGCCUACAGCGUGGUGCUGGCCGUGGCCGUGUUCGGGAACCUGAUCGUGAUCUGGAUCAUCCUGGCGCACAAACGCAUGAGGACGGUGACCAACUACUUUCUGCUCAACUUGGCGUUUUCGGACGCGUCCAUGGCCGCGUUCAACACUUUGAUAAACUUUAUCUACGCCGCGCACGGGGAGUGGUACUUUGGAGAAGCGUACUGCAAAUUCCACAACUUCUUCCCCGUCACGUCCGUGUUCGCCAGCAUCUACUCCAUGACCGCGAUAGCUGUGGACAGGUACAUGGCCAUCAUCCACCCUCUGAAGCCUCGUCUCUCAGCCAAGGCCACCACAGGAGUCAUCGUCUGUAUCUGGAGUCUGGCCGUGGUCCUCGCCUUCCCCCUCUGCUACUUCUCCAGAGUCCGAACGCUGCCCCGCAGGACGCUCUGCUACGUGGCCUGGCCCCACAUGGCCGACGACCCCUUCAUGUAUCACAUCAUAGUGACAGUUCUGGUCUACGUGCUGCCCUUAGUGGUGAUGGCCAUCACUUACACCAUCGUGGGGGUGACGCUGUGGGGAGGGGAGAUCCCAGGAGACUCGUGUGAUAACUAUCACGGGCAGCUUCGGGCUAAAAGGAAGGUGGUGAAGAUGAUGAUCAUUGUGGUGGUGACCUUUGCCCUCUGCUGGUUGCCCUAUCACGUCUACUUCAUCGUGACGGGUCUCAACAAGCGUCUGAGCAAGUGGAAGAACAUCCAGCAGGUCUACCUGUCGGUGCUGUGGCUGGCGAUGAGCUCCACCAUGUACAACCCCAUCAUCUACUGCUGCCUCAACAGCAGGUUUCGAGCAGGCUUCAAGCGAGCGUUUCGUUGGUGCCCCUUCAUCAAGGUGUCGAGCUACGAUGAGCUGGAACUGCGCUCGACGCGGCUGCACCCGACACGCCAGAGCAGCAUGUACACGCUGUCGCGAAUGGAUACCACCAUGGUGGUUGUUUACGACCCCGCUGAAGGUGACGGCGGCCCCGGUGGUGGCUCUGGGAGGAAGCACUCCCUGUCCACGAGGAAGAAGAGCUACAUCACGUCUCGCCACACGGAGAUCACGGGAUGCAACGGCGGCAGUGGGAAAACACAAAAUGGAGGUCCUCCAAGUGCUCAACCCGAGGAGUUCUCUUGAGGAGCUUGUCCAUAGACGUGACAUUGUACACACACACACACACACACACACACACACACACACACACACACACACACACACACACACACACACACACACACACACACACACACACACACACACACACACACACAUGUAUUUAAAACAUAUAUACAUACAGUAUGUACAAUUAUACAUUGUACAUACAAACGGUGUACGUGGUUAUUGCUGAGCAUUUUAUCAAGUGAUUAUUUUAACAUGCAGCAAAUUAACAUAUGGAUAUGAAGAUUAUUGAUUUCCAGGGGCCUCAGGGCUUGUGGUUCUUAAAGCCUCUCUUUGAAGUGACUUUUAGUAAACUGUUUUCAGACAUGAACUCCAGAAAAUGUUCAACCCGGACUUUCUCCGGAUUUUCCUUUUACAUAAGAAGGCAGCAGGAGAUUGUCAGGGGGUUCAGGGGAGGGGUGGCGUCUGGGUCGAGCAUAAAGGAGACAGGACAUGACGUAUAACUUCUGCUGCGGAAAUCCCCGUGUUUUUGGUUUGCAGCACUCAAACAGCCAAACCUUGCACUCGCAUGUCUUUUCAAGUUGACAUCUUCGUCGUCUCCUACAUGUAUGGCUCCUCUUUUUCUGCCUGAGAUAUUUGUAUGGUUUUUGUUUGCUUUUCUUGCGUCCAUUGCAUGUUACAAAUGUCUUAAACUUGUAUUCUCACAUGGGCACACUUCUCUGGAGUUGUUACUUGGGGGCUGAUGGGAGAAACUCUGGAAAAUUUCAGGAGAAACUGACUCAAACAUUUGCGUUGUCACAUGCAGCCCCUUUGGACAAUUCCAGGAGGAAAUCCGGUGUUGGGUGCAUGUCUGAAAGCAGCUCUACUUUCAUUGUUCUCAUCAUUUUUCUUUUCAUUUUCACCCAUUAUCCUUUAAUAUAAAAAAUCUGCCUAUAUGAGUGUAACCCAUUAUCUAUUUGAAUCUGUUUAAUCAUCUUUUCCCUACAUUGUACAGUUGUACAGUAUGUUGAAUAUAGUCAAAUUUACUUAAUAAGUAAAGCCAUUUAAAUACGUAUUGAGAAGCAGAAUUGCUCCACUUUAUGUAGAUAUAAUAUAUUAUAGUGUAUAGUAAUAUAAUAUUUUGUAUGAAUGAUAUCUGCAGAGAGGUGAACAGGUUAACAAAUCAGAGACAAAGACACAAAAUGAAUGCUAGUGACUGGGAUU